AUGUCAAUCAAUCAAUUGAUUGAUGUCAACAAUAUUAUUGAUAAUAUCGAAGUGUCUGACGCACAAAUCGCAAGAUACACUGAGGCCUUCAAGCAGGCAGAUAAGGAUGGAAAUGGAAGUGUUACCGCUGAUGAGUUGGCACCAUUCUUGAGAUCACUUGGCCAGAACCCAUCUGAUGCUCAAAUCUCAUCAAUGAUUGGAGAGUUUGACGCUGAUAAGAAUGGAAGCAUUGAGCUCCCAGAGUUCCUUGCCAUGAUGACCAAGUAUGGACAUUAA